AUGGACACCAGCACGCCGGGGACAAACGGAAACGCGGACUCGAAGCGGACGACGACGCAAUUCGAGGCUCGCCCGGUGCAAAGGAAGGGCGAGGAGCGGUUACAUCAAGGAUGCAGGGUGCGUGGUGUCAAGUCGCUGCUUCCGAGGAGAGAUCACACGCUCAAAAUCAGGCUUGAAAUCAUAGAGGAACCUGGGGGAGCUCGAGCGAAGACCAGCAGAUACUUUUUGUUAUCGGCUCCGGACUACGAGUCGGUCAAGAAAUCUCAGGAAGAGGGCACUUUCUCCGCUAGCGAUGCGAAGUCUUCGUUACUGAACAGCGCUUUCCAGUCCGGUCAUGAAAUCCUCGUCGUCUUUACGGUGGAAAAUAGUAGACGAUUUCAAGGAUAUGGUCUGAUGACAGCAGAGGCGAAAGCGGAUAAACGUGGAGACGUCGCUGAUGGAGCGAAAUCCUUUGGCGUGCAAUGGAUACGAACGGGGGACGUUCACCAAGGAAAAGUGCGCGAAGCAUUGCGCCAAAUCGAGGGAGGAAGUAACAUCAAACUCACUAUGAAGGAGGAGCUCUCCAAAGAUGUGGGCGUUAUUCUUUGCAAGGUCCUGGAUGCCGACUGUGCCCUUGCCCCUUCGCGACCAGCAGUGCGCAAACUCGAAGCUGAUGUGCCAAUGGAGGGUAUUCAAGUGAGCGAUGCUCACGCUGUCGCUCAAGACAUGCGUCCGCACCCAAUUGAUACCCGCCCAACCCCUGAAGCAUCACGCCGAGUGAACCUUGCGGCUGAAAGAGAGCCUAGCAACCACCAUGUCGCCCCUUCCGUCGGUCCUGCCGUACAUCCAUCGCGCCUCAGCUACGUUGAGAAUGCGAUCAAUCCUCAGCGCACCUCGCUGCCGCAAGAAUCUCGAAUUCAAGGGCGGAUCGAGGCCAUGCCCACGCCCCUCCGGGGCCGGCGCGACCGCGAACUCCUCCUCGAACUUUCCCAGCGGCUGGGGAGGCUGCCCAAGCGGGUUAUCAUAAAACUGCUCGACCGAAGGAAAGAGACGGCCGCCCAUGGCCUAAUGAAAGUGGCCGGCCGGUGCACGAAUCGCAUAUUGCAGCGAGGCGCAGUGAAGCUCGCAUGGAGCCGUAUCCUCGACCUGCCCCUCGAACCCCUCGAGAUGCAGAAUUUCUCGAUGACAGAGGACCUUCCUCUUUGGGACGUCAAGAUCGCAGUGGUGGUUACCCCCCUCAAUUUGACAAUCCUGCACGGGACCGUGCGGGUUUCCCGGCAGCACAAUCGGCCCGUCGCAGAUAGAACUUCAAAUUCAAAUGAAGAAGGAAAAUUCGCGUAA